AGGGAGGCAUAGUCCCCUCGUUGGAUGUGCAUAUCGGCAAGGCGUGGCCAAAUAAAUACUACUACAGUUUGUAGGGACUCCAGAGGCGUCCGCGUGCUGAGUCUGGUUAGGGUUAGCAGACAACAGUCAAAGCGAGGUGUGGGAAGUGUGAAUGCUGCGGGGUGGAUAACUAAAACUCCCCAUGCAUGUUAGCGGGUUUCUGACAGUUUAAACCAUACCUACCCUUAUUGGAUGGUGAAUGAAUCCAACCCGUGUCAAGAGAAGACUUUGACGGGCAAAGAUGGAAAGUCUAGGCAGCCGAUGUAAGAUUGUGGUGGUCGGGGAUACGCAAUGUGGUAAAACUGCGCUGUUACACGUUUUUGCGAAGGACUGCUAUCCAGAGAACUACGUGCCCACAGUCUUUGAAAACUAUACGGCCAGUUUUGAAAUCGACAAACAGAGGAUUGAACUGAACAUGUGGGACACGUCAGGCUCCUCCUACUAUGACAACGUGCGGCCGUUGGCGUACCCCGACUCUGACGCCGUGCUCAUCUGCUUCGACAUCAGCCGCCCCGAAACCCUGGACAGCGUCCUCAAGAAGUGGCAGGGAGAGACCCAGGAGUUCUGCCCCAACGCCAAGGUGGUCCUGGUGGGCUGCAAGCUGGACAUGAGGACAGACGUUAGCACGCUGAGGGAGCUGUCCAAGCAGAGACUCAUCCCCGUCACACACGAGCAGGGCAGCAUGCUGGCCAGGCAGGUAGGAGCCGUGGCCUACGUGGAGUGCACCUCCAAGGUGUCAGAGAACAGCGUGAGGGACGUGUUCCACAUCACCACGCUGGCGUCCGUGCGACGGCCACACAAGCCCCAGCUGAAGCGAAGCAGCUCCCGUAGGGGCCUGAAGCGGGUCUCCCAGCUGCCCCUGCCCCCCCUGCCCGGCCGGCUCGAGCACCUGGACCCCACCCCUGCCAUGAGGAAGGACCGUGCCAAGAGCUGUGUGCUCAUGUAGAGACACGCCCACACACAAACAUAAAUAUAUGUAUACUUCAACACAGAAAUAUAUGACAGAGGAACUCUAUUUAUUGUUUUUUUUUUUUGUCAAUCCUCCCAUUCUAUGUGUUUGUUUUGCACUCCUGAGGAACAAGGAAAAACGAAGAAAACGCUUUGGAUUUUAUUUGCCCGCGUGUGCAAAUCUUUCGAGUUUUUCGAGACGUUUACAUUUUUGUUCUUCUCUUUAACGGGUGGUCAGGUGGACUAGUUCCCUGAUGUAGUCUCACGGUGACUUGGGCGGGUACCUGGGGAAGGGGGGGGGGCCUUCCUCACAGAGGUAUGUCCCCUCUGCCAUCUUUGUUGGCUGGCUGAGAAGACCGUCGGAAAGGAUGGAGGAAGACGACAUCGAUGUAGAAACAAGAGAAUGAAGCUCGAGCCCUAUUGUUCUCAUGGACAUGUUGCAGAUGCAAAAUCUGCUAUGAUACCUCCUGUUGCCAUAUUUGAGAGUGAAACAGUAUGUACGUUUAUUCAGUAAAGGGAUCCAAGUGAGUUGGUUAACGAUGGAACAGACUAUGAGAAUCUUUUUCUCUAUUGUUCUCUCUCUUGUUCUCUCUUGUUAACCUUGUCAAGAUGUUUGGAGCUAUUUCAAAUGAUUGAAACCAUAAGUGCUUUCUAGAAAAAGUCACUACAUAUCUGUUUUUAAUUGUUUAACACUUCAUACUGUCAGCUCUGAUCACGUCGACCUGAUUCACUGAAGUCUUUGCUGUCGUUGCUAUUUUAAGAUGUUAAUUUGUGGAAAACGUGUAGAUAAAGUGUUAGGGCUAUUUUGCUGUAUUUUCACUUGACUCUGAAUAUGAAAUAAAGCAACAGCUUGCUUUUAGGGAGCAAAGAAACCUG